GAGGUUCAUGGGAUUGAAUUAUUUUAUUAUUAUUUUUUCUUGAUUUUUGUGUGAACUUCCCCCAUAAACCUUCAAUGGGGGUGCUCUAACAGUGGGGAAUAAGUAUUUGGCUAUUCGCAUCUUCGCUUGAAGACAAAAGCAUCUUCCUUCUCGAUUCUCAGCAUCUACGAAAUAUUCAUACUUCCACUUGAUCAGAUCCAACGGAUUAGCUUACCUCUCUAUUCUAUUACACGACCCAUCAUUUAACGUGCUCCUCAUCCGACGGUUCAUAUUCUAUCUCCCUCCUUUAUAUAAACCACUGAAUCAUUCACAUCUUUUGCUUAUCAAUAAUCAAGAAAGUGACAAAAACAUGGCGACUUUGGAUUCUCCACUAGAGGCGCUGGCUUUGGAGUACGCUAGCUUCGGUUGUCUCGCCGUCGUCAACAACGUCUGGACAUGGAUCGCCGUCGUGACGGCUGCCGUCAGCUUCUGGAGGAUAAGAGUCACCACCAUCAAAGUCGAAGACGGACAUGGGUGUGUCUUGUUAGAGGGAUCCAAAGCCUCGAAACCUGAACAAGAAACCGGUCAUUACCAACCGCAAGCAGUGGCCGGGGCCGUGGGGGAAACGGCGACGGCUCAAGGGAAGGAAACGGUGGUUUGGGAGCCGUUAGUGUGCGAUGAGGGCGUGACGAAAGGGAAGCUGACGAUGUACUAUGAGGUAGGCGUUGAAGGAGAGAGGUGUGUUGACGGAGACGGGGAAGUAACGGACGUUAGCUACGGAGGUGGUUUGGGUCAUUGCGGAGAGUGGUGGGAGAGAUGGGAAAGAGUGUUGAAGAUGAGAACUGGUGAUGACGAUUGGUACCGUUACGUCGACGUGACGGUGCUAAACGGAAGUGUCGUAAGGUUAUGGGAUGACAAACGGAACCCGUAAGGGAGGCAUGUGUCUAAAUUUAGAGAAUAUUCCUAGUUUGGAAAAAUUUAAAGUUUAUUUUUGGUCGAUUAAGUUUGUAAUUUGUAUAUAUAUCCCCCACAAGACCAGGAUCGCUUGACCUAGAAUAAAUAUAUAAAAAUAAAUGUUAAAUGUUGUUGCUUA